ACAUAUACUCACAAACUCAAAAAGCCAAUCGAUCCCUUAUCAUUAUAUCCUCAAAGCCAUCAAUUAUGGCUUCUCUAAAUCUUCAAUCUUUUUUCGUGCUUCUUUUGCUCAGUUUAGUCGCGUACAGUACCUGCGCUCAGCUCACUCCUGAUUUCUACGAGAAAGUAUGCCCUCAGGCUCUUCCAAUCAUCAGGUCUGUCGUUCAACGCGCAAUCCACCGUGAACGACGCAUGGGUGCUUCCUUACUGCGUUUGCACUUCCACGACUGCUUCGUCAACGGAUGUGAUGGAUCGCUUCUGCUAGAUGACACUCCUGCCUUCAUUGGGGAGAAGACAGCCUUCCCAAAUAUAAACUCCGUCAGAGGUUUCGAGGUGGUCGAUCGAAUCAAAGCAGCUGUCGACAAAGCUUGCAAACGGCCUGUCGUUUCAUGUGCUGAUAUCUUAGCUAUAGCAGCUCGUGAUUCUGUCUCAAUCUUGGGAGGUCCACUGUUUCAUUACCCAGUACUGUUAGGGAGAAGAGAUGCAAGAAUGGCAAGCAGAGACGCAGCGAACACGAACCUUCCUCCACCAUUCUUCAACUUCUCACAGCUUGUCGCUAAUUUCCAGUCUCACGGGCUAAACCUCAAGGACUUGGUCGUCCUCUCCGGCGGCCACACCAUCGGCCAAGCUCGCUGCACCACCUUCCGAGACAGGCUCUACAGUGACUCGAACAUAGACCAUAGCUUUCGAGCCAGCUUGACGUACACUUGUCCCAGAAUCGGAGGGGACGACAAUCUUGCGCCAUUGGAUUUCACACCUGCAAGAGUUGACACUAACUAUUACAGCGCUCUGAUCAAGAAGAAGGGUCUUCUUCAUUCUGAUCAAGAGCUGUUUAGGGGAGAUGGUGGUAAAAGUGACAGACUGGUGAAGCUGUACAGUCAAAACGUGUUCGCUUUUGCUAGAGAUUUUGGAGUUUCCAUGGUCAAGAUGGGUAACAUGAAGCCUCUUACAGGAUAUGAGGGUGAGAUUCGAGUCAAUUGCAGAAAAAUCAACUAAAUAAAACUGGACAACUGCGCGCUAGAGAUAUCAUGCCAAGUCAAGAAUGCUUCAGAUUAUUCAUUAAUUAAAUAAAUUGAAGGAUGUCUAGACGAAGUCAGUUGAGUAUUCAGUUGGUAAGUGUAAUUAAUUAUAUAUGCAUGAGAUUUGUGUGCUUCAAGUUUCAACAAAUAUGAUAAUUACUGGCCUUCAUGGGCCUGCAGUUAA